GUUAUAUACAAACUGAAUGUUUGGGCUUGGCCCAAGUCCAAUAUCAGGAGACGAGAACAUAAACAGACUUGAGAAGCAGGAAGCUCUCUUCUUUUACUCAUGGUGCAGAGACUUCACCAGUGAAAUCAAGGUAUAAAAAGGGUAGUUGAAGGAUGGCAACCACAGCUUGUUUUAUAAUUGUGAGCAGGGAUGAUAUCCCUAUAUAUGAAGCUGAAGUUGGAUCUGCUACUAAAAGGGAAGAUGCUGCACAGAUGCAUCAAUUCAUAUUGCACGCAGCUUUGGAUAUUGUUCAGGAUCUUGCAUGGACCACCAGUGCGAUGUAUUUGAAAGCAAUUGACAGGUUCAAUGAUUUGGUGGUAUCAGUUUAUGUUACAGCAGGUCAUACAAGACUCAUGCUACUUCAUGACUCUCGCAAUGAUGAUGGAAUCAAGAGCUUUUUCCAGGAGGUUCAUGAGCUGUAUAUAAAGAUUCUUCUCAACCCCCUCUAUUUGCCUGGUUCCCGCAUUGCAUCUUCGCAUUUUGACACCAAAGUCCGUGCUCUUGCAAGAAAAUACCUUUAGCGGUGGUCGUUUAUACUAGUCUGAGAGCUAUUGGGGUGAUGGAAUGAACUUAGAAAGUACCACCAUCCUUUUUCUUGUCUCGGCCAUUGAGUAUUUUAAAGGCUUCCCCUGAGUUUCAUUCAUGAUGGUAAAGAUUAGUGGCUGUGUGCAAUUUACUUAAUGUUGCAUCGGAUGCCUCAAUGGAUGCAUAAAACACAAGCAGCAACUAAAACGCGUUGAUUAUUUUUGUGACAAUGUGUUUCACUCAAAUUCUUAAUGUUGGCAGUUGAGACACGGUGAUUAAAUGAUGUAUUCUUUUUUUCUUUUAAUAUAGAAUCUAAUCAUGCAUUUGUAU